AUGGCGUAUGCCAUCGGAGACUGGCUGGAGAUGAAAUCCAUGGGCGCCAUGGAUGGAGCCGCCUACCAGGUGCUGCUGCAGUCAAAGCUGAUCAUCACUGCCUUGAUGCUCUGGGCGCUCAAGGGUGACAAGGCGAAGCAGACCAAGCAGCAGUGGUCGACCUUGACCACCCUGACCAUAGGCGAGUCGCGCGAGUGCAGAGGCUGA